UGUCCAAUUAAUUAAUGCGCACGAGUGGCCGUAAUGUAAUUAUGUCCAAUCAGCCCCUGCAGCGCCGGCAGUUCCUGGACCGGAUUGGAUGUGGACAAGGUGAUCGACGAGAUCGUCAGUUGCGCGAGCGUCUGGUUAACGGGCGGACAUGGAUUUCGACGAGGUGCUGCGGGAGGUUGGCUCCUUUGGACUCUACCAGAAGGUCAUCAUCUGCUCUGUCCUACUGCCGGCGGCCCUUCCCUGCGCGUUCCACGCCUAUAGUCAGUUAUUCAUAGCAGCCACUCCGCAGCACUUUUGUCGAGUUCCGGAGCUAGAACCCUGGACACAGGACUACGUGCAGCUGGUAAAAAACUUGAGCAUCCCGCGCAAUCGCAAUGGAGCCUAUGCCGAGUGCUCCAUGUAUGCGAGGAAUUACAGCGAUAUAGUUCGCUAUCUGGAGUAUCGCCCGCCUCCAGAUUUGCUCCGUCAACAAGCCGAGGAUUUGCUUAAGUUGCAGCCGGAAACGGCGAGGAUAGUUCCGUGUCAGCAUGGAUGGCACUACGACAAGUCCAUCUACUCUAGCACGGUUGUUCAGGAGUGGAACCUGGUUUGCGAUCGAAGCUUUCUGGUCACCCUGGCCUUGGUGGUUUUUGGUGUAGGUGGACUUCUGGGUAACUAUGUAUUCGGAUAUCUAGUGGAUUUGUGGGGAAGACGGCCUUCAUUCUACGCCUAUCUGCUGCUCGAGAUCACCGCAUGCGCGGCCAGUGCCUUUGCCUGGAACUACUACACCUGGUUGGGACUGCGCUUUGUGGUGGGAUUGACGGUGCCAGCGAUCUUGGCCAGUCCAUAUGUCCUGGCCAUCGAGCUGGUGGGUCCGGAGAGGCGAGUCUUCUGCACCAUCGUCUCAAAUAUAGCCUAUUCCUUGGGCUUGGUGGUGCUUGCCGGAGUCAUCUACGUCGUCCGGGAUUGGAGGGAACUUAGUUUGGCUGUUUCCAUGCCUUUGCUGAUGCUCUUCUCCUGCUUUUUCGUGCUGCCAGAAUCACCGCGAUGGUUGAUGGCUGUGGGCAAAACCAGGAGAGCCAUCAAAAUCCUCAAAGUGAUGGCCAGAGUAAAUGGCGUACGAGUAAACCGUGAUUUUGUGGAGCGUCUGCAACGGAAAUUGGUCAGCAAAAGGGCUGCGGAGGCGCAUUCGUCGUCAAGUACCCACUACGGAAUUCUAGACCUGUUCCGUGGACCCAAUAUGCGUCGGAAGACCCUGAUCAUCACACUGAUUUGGUUUGCCAACACAAGUGUCUACGUGGGAUUAAGUUACUAUGCUCCUGCUCUUGGAGGUGACGAGAUCUGGAACUUCUUUCUGGCCGGAGCGGUGGAACUGCCCACGUAUCUGUUGCUUUGGCCAGGAUUGAGCUACUUUGGAAGGCGAUGGAUCCUGUUCAUCUCGAUGCUGGUGGGCGGAUUAGCCUGCGUAGCCACGUUUCUCUUUCCGGACAUCACACUACUGCUCUACUGCGUGGGCAAAAUGGGCAUUAGUUCGUCCUUCGUGGUCCUCCCGCUCAUGGCAUCAGAAUUGUAUCCCACGGUGGUUCGAGGACUCGGAAUGAGCUUCAGCUCGGUGGUGGCCAUGGUGGGACCUAUAGUGAUUCCCAUGAUUAAUCAUAUGGGCCAGCAAAUGCUCGUCUUGCCGCUAAUUGUAAUGGGUGCUCUACUGAUUCUCGGAGGAUUCGCCAGUCUUCUUCUACCGGAAACCCGGAACCGAAAUCUUCCCCAAACUUUGGACGAGGGCGAGGCGGUGCCCCUCAGUUUCCUCCUCUGCUGCUGCGUGGAAAGCGAGCGAAAGCCCAAUAAUAUCCGUGCGAAUCCGCAGAAAAGAAUUAUUCCGGAGGCCGGAACCCCAGUGUUUCAUCGCGUGGACACUCCUGUCUCCGGACGAGUGGCCUGCAAGGUCGUUUGUAGCAUAUGUAAUAAGGAGAUGCGUACUCUGUAGCUAGUUAAAAGUUGUUGAAAUUAAAACCCUUUUAGAGUUUGAAAAAAUUUGUAAUUGAUUUGAAUUUAUGGCGCCAUUCGUUUUUUGCCAUCUGGCUACGCUACUUCCUAUGUUUGCAUGUGUUAUACAGUGGUUGUGUAUUGUAAAAAAAUAUUGUUUUUGAAAUCCAUUUUAUAUUAAUUAGUUUCUCAAAUAGACAAUCCAACAGUGUUUAAAUGGUUAUGAGUUUUCAGAAAUUCAAAAUUUUAAUCGAAGUCCUAAAGAAAAUCAAUGUUUUAUUAAUAUCUGGCAACGCUUAUUUUUUUUAAGUUUGUUUGGUUUUACAGUAGUUUUGAGAAAUAUAGGUUUAGUUCUUUUAACAACUAUUUUAAAUAUUCUCAAUAUUAUACAUUUUUUUUUUAAUACAAGAUUAUGUUUUAUUUAAUAAACCAUUUAUUCUUAUUUAUUUGUUGUAUACAUAUGUCUUUAAACCAAGUUGGCAGCCCAACCGGCAAAUUUAACUGGUGCGAAAAUCAAACAAAAUAAAAAAACCAAUUGGACACAUAAUAAAUAUCAAUUCAAGUUCCAUAUUUUUCCAGAUAUAGAAUUUGUAGUACAUGUUCAUAUGACCUCGCCAACUGAUAGUAACGCAAACAUUUGCAUCAACCUUAUUAAUUUUUUAUGGGUCGUCGAAAAAUGAUAAGGAACCGCAAUCGCUUGUUUAUGCACACACAGAAACUUCAAGAAACAUUCCGGUUAAACUGGCCUAAUCGCAAUUUUAAGCCAAUUUAAACGUGACGCAUAGGAAGAUUUUCAAAUCAAAACCCACGAGUGCCGGCAUGUUUCAGCUUUUCACCUUUGCAUUUGGCUAGAUAAUUAUGAUGUUACGAACGGGUUAAAGUUCCUUUUAAAGGAGGGUUUGGUACCAUCUGGAUUUUUAACUUUUUUCAUUUCAAUGUCAACAAGUUUUGACUGCCGCGUGCUUUUUUGCCAGCCCCUCCCUUCCCGCACCCUAAAGCCCUCACACAAAAGCGUUGCUAUGCAUACACACACAGGCUCACUCACACACAUGUCGAUUAUGCAAGCAAACUAACUAACAAUGAAAUGCCAGAAAUAUGAAUAGUUCGUAUGUUUUUUACAGUUCUUUUAAUGUAAUGCUUGUAUGAUGGUCUAAAACAAUAGUUUACAAAUUAUAAAAACGUUUUCAACAAUUUUGGUACAUCGUUCAUGAAUCGAAAUCAAAUAAUGGUUAUGGUUUCAGCUUGUUUACGUUUUGAAUUGAGGAGUGUUGAAGGGGGGGUUUACAUCGAGAAGUCGGAAAUUCGGGAAAAUCGGUAAGAGCUAAUGCUAAAAAUAUAUUCCUCUGUCUUCGCGACCUGGCAAUGACUUUCCUGGAGUGUCUGCGUUAUUCCCCUAAUCACCUCGUUUCAAUUCUUCCGAAAACUGUAUAUAGUAUAUAUAGUGUAUUACGAGCGCAUAUAUCUAUAGAUACAUUUGUGUAUGUUCUUGGGAGGGCGGCAAAAAUUAGAAUGUGUGUGUUAUUUGGACUUUUGGUUUUUUGGUUAAGGAAACGUGCUUUAAUCGCUUUGGAAAAUACA